AUGGAUCGAUCCGAUCUCAAGCGAUCGUCUUCUGAUGCUGGUCUCGAGUCUCCAAGACGGUAUGAUCGCGGUUCCUCCGUUCUCGACGCUCGACCUCCUCCAAGGGUCUCCAAAGCCCGCGCUUGUGCGGAGUGCAAACGACAUAAGAUCAAAUGCGAGUUCAAACCGGGCGAAACUAGCUGCACGAAAUGCACGCGAAGCGGCAUCAAGUGUGUAGUCAAUGACUUCUCGCAGAAGUUUGUUGAUGACGAUGGGAUAUGGAAAUCGCAAGCUGCUUCCGCGAUUCACCAGCUCCAAGCGGCUGUUCGCGACCUUCUCCGCCAGAACGGACUUCCAGAACUCUCCACGUAUGCUGCAGGCGACCCUCAAAACGGACCCAGCCCGGUUGCUUCGCAUACAAACGGACAUCGGGCUUCAAUAGACAACUCACAACCGAGUCAAGGACAGAAUGCCCCCGGUGCCGUGAUGGAUGUCACUCGAGAACCUUCGCAGGAGCCGGACCUGCAGGGCCCGGAGUUGGUGCCGGCCCCUAUGCGCAGCCUUUACGAAGUCACGAAACUACGAAACCUACGAAACAAUCCUGUGGAGAAACCGAGGCUGACGCUACUGGAGGAGGAUUUCAUAUCGCGGGGUUUAAUUUCUCUCAACGAGGCCGAGGAACUCUUCGCAUACUUCAGUCGGACGAUGAACCAGCUUCUCUGGGGAGGAAUCAUCCUCGUGCAUCGAGAUCUGACCUCUGUGAGACGAGCCUCAACAUUGCUGUCUGCGGCUGUUCUUACCGUCGCUGCCCUUCACAUUCCCAAUCGCAACGAGACGUUGAAUCGGUGCUACAGCGAGUACGUGUCCCUCGUGUCGAGCAUGUCUCUGACGCGGGCUCAUACCCUGGACGACAUCCGUGGCCUCUGCGUCGGUGCCUUCUGGCUCUCCGAGCUAAGCUGGAAGCUUUCUGGCCAUGCUGUCCGAAUAGCAACGGAGCUGGGUCUCCACCAGAGCUACCAGCGGAUGAUCCAUGGUCACAGUGAUCAAUAUGAGCGUGCACAACUAUGGUACCUACUAUAUGUCUGCGACCAUCAUUUCAGCAUCGCCUACGGCCGACCACCCGUCAUUCAUGAAGAUGUCUCGAUCAAGAAUUAUGAGACGUUCCUCCAGUCACCGAUGGUCGUCCCUGGUGACAUUCGACUGCUGGCACAAGUAGCCUUGUUCAUGAUCCUCACGGAGGCCUAUCGAAUGUUUGGAAGCGAUACGGAACAAGCACUUACGGAGGAAGAUUUUGGCCAACUGAGGGUUUACAAUGUUGCGGUUGAUCAAUGGCGCCUCCUCUGGCAACCACGAUCAGCCGAUAGCCCAUACGUAAGGACGUAUCCAUCAAAAGGAGUGGUCCUGCAUUACCAUUUCGCAAAGUUCCAGCUGAAUUCACUCUCUCUUCGCGCGCUGUCACCGUCCAAUACCCCAGUUUUCUCCAUGGACCGGAAAGAAUCGGCCAACAUCGCCAUUUCGUCCGCCAUGGCCUGCCUGAAUAUGGUACUGGAGGAGCAGGAUAUCCGAGAUGCCAUAGUGGGUGUUCCCAUUUUCACCCAUACUAUGGUCACCUUUUCCGCGGUCUUCCUGCUCAAGGUCGCCGUGAAUUGGAAUUCAGCCUACCUUAGUAUCGACGGCCGCCAGGUGCGCCGUCUGGUGGAGCGAGUCAUCGAGUUGUUGAACUGUGUCUCCGCUGGCGAAAGACAUCUCACAAGACACAUUGCGCGCGGCCUAAGCAAGAUGCUAGAGCGGUUCGAUUCAUGGGAAACUGCGUGGCAGGCUGGCCGACCAGGCAACGCCGGAGGACUUCCCGUGGGAGGUACAGGAGCUGUUGACCGGUCCGAGGGUGAGGUACCAGGCGGUGCGAAUGCCAUGGCCCAGGGAUUUCCACCGCCGGACCUCAUCUACGACAUGGUCGGCACUUAUGGCUUCGGGUUAGACGAGAAUCUGCUUGACCCCAGCAUGGCCAAUUUUGAAUUUCUGGCGCAAUAA